AUGAGGCUAAUUGAUAGGCUCGGAAAGAAGAAAGAGGAAGGGGAAAAGCAGCGGAGGGAUAAGAAGUCUGAUAGGUCAAGUAAAGAUGAGAAAGAAAAGGAGGAAGAUAAAGAGCAGAUACGAAAGUCGUCAAUUGUACCAGAAAUAGAUCCAACGACAAAAGAAGCUGUAAUUCCAUGA